AUGCCCGAGAUCACCACCCUUCUGUUCGACUGCGACAACACCCUCGUCCUCUCUGAGGAGCUUGCCUUCGAGGCUUGCGCUGGCCUCAUUAACGAGAUCUGCGAGGCUCGCCAAGUCGAGAUGCGCUUCACUGGCGAGACCCUCAUCAAGGAGUUCGUCGGUCAGAACUUCCGCGGCAUGCUCACCACCCUCCAGAAGAACUACAACAUCGAGAUCUCACCUGAGGACAUGGAGACCUAUGUUCGAAAGGAGGAGGACGCCGUCAUUGCCAAGCUCAAGGAAUCUCUCCGACCUUGUGUUGGUGUUGAUGAGCAGCUCGAGAAGCUUGCCGCUUCUGGCAAGUACACCAUGUCAGUAGUUUCUUCCUCUGCCCUGCGCCGUGUCCGUGCCUCCAUUGAGAAGGUCGGUCAGGACAAGUACUUCCAGGGCGAUGUUGUCUUCUCUGCCGCUACAAGUCUCGAGAAGCCCACCAGCAAGCCUGAUCCCGCUAUCUAUCUCCACGCCCUAGAGAAACUUGGCAAGAAGGCCGAGGAGGCCGUCGCUAUUGAGGACAGCAAGAGCGGCACCCUUAGCGGCACUCGUGCCGGUAUCAAGGUCAUUGGUUAUGUUGGUCCUUAUGCUGAGGAUAAGAAGCCCGAGAUGGAGAAAACCUUGAGAGAUGCUGGUGCUGUUGUCAUCAUGCGAGACUGGUCCGAGUUCCCUGCUGCUCUGCAGAAGAUUGAGGCUGGUGAGGUCUAA